AUGCUCGAGGGCUCCAGCAGGCGCCGUUCCCGCCUGCGCAAUCCCUGGGCCUGGUCCCUUACCACCCUUCUCACUGCUCUGCUCGGAUUCGCCCUGUUGCUCCUCAUGCUGCAUUCCUUCAUGACCCGCCAGCUCGAUCAAAAGGGAUGCCGCAUGUGCUACAUGCGCCCCGCCUUUGUCAAGUUUCCCGAGUUCGACACCGAACACACACGCUUUGCCUCCAAGUACUCGUUGUAUCUCUAUCGCGAGGGUGGGAUAGACGAGGACCCUCGAGUCAAAGGCGUGCCAGUGCUCUUCAUCCCCGGGAACGCCGGCAGCUACAAGCAGGUGCGUCCCUUGGGAGCCGAGGCGGCCUCCUACUACCAUGACGUCCUCCGCCACGACGUGGGAGCAAGCAAGGCGGGGAAACGGCCAUUGGACUUCUUCACAGUCGACUUUAAUGAAGACUUCACUGCCUUCCACGGCCAGACUCUGCUGGACCAGGCCGAGUACCUCAAUGAUGCCAUUGCCUACAUUCUCUCCCUCUACCACACGCCAGCUCGGUCCUCUCGCCACGGAAACCUGCCCGAUCCCACGUCCGUAAUAAUCAUUGGGCAUUCCAUGGGAGGUGUGGUAGCUCGCACCAUGGUGACUAUGCCCAACUACCAGGCCAGCUCCAUCAACACCGUCGUCACUCUCUCCGCGCCGCAUGCCAGACCUCCUGUGUCAUUCGAUGGCGACAUUGUGCGCACUUACAGGGGCGUGAACGACUAUUGGCGCCAGGCCUACUCGCAAAAAUGGGCUAUUGACAAUCCCCUAUGGCACCUCACCCUUAUCUCCAUCGCUGGCGGUGGAUUGGACACGGUGGUACCGUCCGACUACGCCAACAUAGCGUCAUUGGUCCCGGACACUCACGGUUUUACCGUCUUCACGUCGACCAUGCCGAAUGUGUGGACCGGCAUGGAUCACCUAGCUAUCACGUGGUGCGAUCAGGUUCGCAAAACCGUAGUGCGAGCGCUCUACGAUAUCAUCGACGUCUCAAGGCCUAGCCAGACACUUCCUCGUGCUGAACGUAUGCGUGGCUUCAAACGGUGGUUUUUGACCGGCCUGGAAGACAUCGCUGAGAAGAAUCUGCCGCAUUUGGAAGCCAGGACCCUGUUAACCUUGGAAGACGACUCUAAUGCCAUCAUGAAGCAAGGCGAAAGUUUGGUGUUAAGGAGUCUCGGCCGAUCCAAACAGAGGCCGAAGCCAUAUCUGCUACCGAUCCCGCCCCAAGGAGCCGACGAGAAGAAAUUCACUCUCCUCACCAACGAGCAGCUUGAUGCCGCAGGCGAACAUGGAAAGCUGGAGGUGCUUCUCUGCAGUGUGUUUCCACUUCACCCUGGCCAGUCUGCAGCGCUAUUUUCCAUGAACUUGGAUUUGUCUGGCGAUAGUUCUGGCUCUACGCGGCUUGCUUGCAGAAAUGUCCUUCCGGACGUCAUCACCCUGCCUGCGUCGUCACAGCAAUCCACCUUCCCAUUCAAGUCAGACGAAAGGCCGUUCUCUUAUCUGCAGUACGAUCUUGAACAACUCGCCGAUCAUCAAUUCGUAGCUGUCGUUGACAAGUCCGGCCACCACGGUACCGGCUGGGUAGUGGCUGAAUUCAGCAGCACUUCAGAGUCGGUGCACCCAUUGCGAGUGGGUGUGCAGCGCCUAAUGACCACUGGCUUGAGACUGCGGUUACCACCAUCUCGCCCACUGAUGACCGAGUUGCAGAUCCCAGCCUUGCACUCCAGUCUCUUGGCCUACAAGCUCCGUAUCUCCCGGCAUGCCUGCGACAUGGGAGAACUGUUUGCCCCACUCCUGCGUCAGUUCGUCACGGAUGUCCAUGAGAGCAAGUUCUUCGUCAACGUUAGGGAUGCAGACAUCAAUCUCCAUGGCGUUGCGCCUUAUAUGCCGCCUUCGUUCUUCGCAAGGAACCCAUCCAAUGGUGUCUCACUCCAGCUGUGGUCUGAUCCCACCUGCGAUAAGCCCAUGGAGGUGUCCCUACACCUUGAUCUGGCUGGCAGCAUAGGCAAAUUGUGGAUGCGGUAUAGAAUUGUUUUUGCCGCAUUUCCCCUGUUUGUCGUGGCAAUGGUCGUCCGACAUCAGUUCCGGUUUUAUGACGAGACCGGCAUCUUCAUGAGCUUCACUGAAAGCAUGAACAACUGUCUACGAUCAUCGUUACCGCUCGCCAUUGCGGCCUUGACCUUCCUAUCAAUUGUGCUCCCGGGUGCUCAAUAUGAACAUACUCUGGCUGAUCGAUGGCUUCUCGCUCGGAAGGGAUCCAAUUCCACUGAUGUGCUGCACUAUGCGAACAACGAACUCCUCAUUGGCCAACAGGAUGCCUUUUUCUGGUUUCUGGUUCCCUUGUUCAGCCUGAUGUGCAUCGCCAUCUGCAUUGCCGUCAACUACAUGGUUCUCGGCCUGACCUAUGUCCUGGUCUCCCUCCUCUCGCUUGUGCGCCCACCUUCUUCUCGAGUUGAGGAAGUUCGAAGGACACCUACGGCCUUCGGCAUCACCUCCACUCAACAGCGUGUCAUCACGACCUGUAUUCUGCUCUCUUUGGUUUCAACGUUGAUCCCGUACCAUUUUGCAUACCUGGUGCUCUGCAUGGUGCAAAUUGCAACCUGUGUGCGGGGGUACAAGUUGGCAAUAGACUCGGGUCUUGACACGAACUUCAACUUCUACAAUUACGUCCAUUCGACGCUAAUUCUUAUGAUAUGGAUUCUUCCGGUCAAUCUUCCAGUUCUUGUCGUCUGGGUCCGGAACCUUGCUCUCCACUGGUUGACGCCCUUCUCCUCCCACCACAACAUCCUAUCCAUCAUGCCACUCAUCCUCCUUGUCGAAACACAGAGCACUGGUCGUAUGGUCCCACCUCUUCACUCGCGAUUCAAUGUACUUACAAGUACUCUCCUCUUUGCGAUUGGGGCAUACGCUGCCAUCUAUGGGGUCUCGUACGCCUAUGUUUUGCACCACCUCAUCAACAUCCUAGCAGCUUGGUUUGUCUUGAUUCACUUCGACGCUUCGUAUCUAUCCGCAAGGCGGAUAAGGAACACACUGGAAAGCAUGGGAACAGGCAGUUCGGUCAAAAAACAACCCUGA